AGAGCAGCUCCAGUUCCAUGAAACCCUCCUUCUUACAUUCUCUUGUGCAUCUACGGAGUCACACAACACACUGGGAUGAUGGAGCACUGGCCAUUCUGGCCCACUCUGGUUCUUAUCUGCUUUUUAAAUCUGUCUGCAACGUAUAAUGGCCGGACAAAUACAGCAUUCACUAUUGACUCGGUAAAGCUGACCCUCCUUCCUGGAGAAACAGUGGAGCGUGGCAGCAACCUGACCCUCCGCUGUGAAGUCAAGAUUAUCAGUUCCUCACAACUCGUGCGCACUCUGAAGUUCAUGAUGGAUGGGAUGGUGAUCUAUUCCAAAAAUACCAGUGAAGCUGUGAUGGAGUACAGCAUAGUCCCAGCCAGGGCUUCUCAUUCUGGCCUAUACAGCUGUGAAGUCCAAAUCUCCAAAAAAGUGAAGAGCAGCGAAUCUCAGACACUCACUGUAAUAGGCUUGCAGACUCCACUGCUAAAAGUACAGCCUACUACUGUGAAUGAAGGUGAUGAAAUUGAGGCCACAUGCAGUGCUCCAGAGGAAAGCGGUGUUCUUUUUAUCUACUUCUACAAGAACAAUCAAAUUUUCCAACAUACCCGUAGCACAACCAAUUCAGCAACUAUUGUUGUAAAGAUUCAGGAAUCAGGAAACUUCUCCCUUCACUGUAACUACAAACUGUUGCUGUAUCCCAGUGCAGACCGUUCCAGCGACAGCAACAAUGUGAUCAUCUAUGUGCAAGAACUUGAGAUAACGCCUUCAAUACAAAUUUCCCCUGCAUCAGUUGUGGAGGGCGACCGGGUUCACAUUGAAUGCAAAGUUUCAUAUAACUCCCAAGAUGACCUUGAAGUCUUCCUGACCAAGGACACUGUGUUACAUAAAUACAGCAGGACAUUCAAUUAUAGCUUUGUGGCAACAGCAAAUGACUCUGGAAAAUAUAUAUGCAAAUCUGAAAGAGGCAGUGUUCAGAAGCAUGCAGAGGCCCAGCUGAUAGUACAAGAGUUGUUUUCAACUCCUAAGCUAAGCCUGACUCCAGAGCUUGUGUUCGAGGGACAACACUUCAAUCUGAGCUGUAGCUCUCAAACACAUAUCGCUCCCAUAGAUGUGAGGUACAGGCUGUACAAAACCAUGAAGCCUCUAAAAGAUGGACAAGUCUUCAGCAUUUUAGCAAGCAAAGCCAGCAGCGGAAGUUACUACUGUACGGCCGAAGCUAAAGGCAUCACCAAAACAAGCAUGUCUUUGGUUAUUAAUGUUAAAGAACCUGUUUCAGCUCCAGUCAUUCGCACCGUUGGAAAGAUGAUCAUUGGGCUGCCAUUUCAGCUCCAGUGUGAGAGUGAACUAGGAACGCUCCCUAUUACCUACACAUUAUUUAAGUUUCACGAGCCAGUGUCAUUCGUGACAGUGACUGGUCCUCAACGCAGUGCUUUAUUCAACAUCUCCUCCAUCAGGUACAGAAAUGAAAGCAACAGCUUCACCUGCCGGGCCAAGAACCAGGGAUCACACUACAGCAAAUACAGUUCAUCUCUCAACACAAAAGUCAUAGAGAUGGUGUCUACACCAAAUUUGACUCUUAACACUAGGAGCACCAUGGUUACCGAAGGUGUGGAUCUCAUUCUCCACUGUAAUGUGCAGCAAGGAACAUUCCCAAUUACCUUCACCUGGUACCGCUUAGGAUCUUUGACGCCACUGAACGCCACAAAAAUUAGCCAAACACAAGGAUCUCACACCAUUAAAUCCAUAACCCGUGAUGAUGAAGGAAGAUACUUUUGCAAGGCCGCCAAUGAAGCUAAUCAGUCAAGGGAAAGUGAUUCUGUGAGCAUCAGAGUGACCUUAGCAGGCUGGAAGAAGGCUAUCAUUGGAGUGUCCCUAAUCUUUAUUUUGGUGCUCAUCAUCAUCAUUCUCGUCCUUUUCUUCAAGAAAGCACAUACACCACGGAAAAAUAAAAGAGCAGUUGAGUUGUCUGUAAAGCCUGUACAUGCUAAAUCUGGUGAUCCCAUGAGGGUGAGUCUGACACUCGACUUUGAGGACAAUGCUGCAGCCACUCCUUGUAUCAUGGGCCGGAAUGUGUGGAGCGAUCAUGUAUCAAGCUCAGAAUCUGGUGAAGAGAGCGAGAAGGAAGAGUCUGAGAAGUCUCAACACGCUGAUGAGCCGUCCGUAAAGAAUAUGGACUCUGGAGGAGAGCUUGUUAUACAUGAUACAGACACAGCGAAAGGAGAUUACCAGAACAUCAAACAAGAUGAAACAGAGCAAGUGGAGACUGAUCUGGAGUAUGUUCAGGUUAAACACUGUGAACCGGAACCUGAGUAAACUCUUCACUCACUUCACUUAGACAUACCGCAUGUCGUUCACAUCUAAUUUAUUCUGCUUCCACUCCAGCUCCACCUGCCUGCCAGUGAGAAGACCCUGCUGCUGUGUAUUGUAUACAUUCUGUGCCAUUUCAUCAGACAGGAUUAUUUUUGUAUAUGGUGUGAAUUAGCGGUUGCACAAAUCAUUGUGUUGUGAUGUGACACAGUUGUGUAGCUGAGAAUAAAGACUGAAUUUUAAUCAAGA